GCCCGGCAGCGGGGGUGACGCGUUUUGCGCAUUUCCUGCAGCUCGCGCUCACUCACGGAUUCAUGAGAGAGAGGCGACGGGAAACAGGGGGCGCGCGCAGGCACUGAAGAGAGGAAAAAACGAACGCGAGCAGAGCACCGUGAUGUAUUUGGGGUGCUCGUGAGCCCGACAAAAUACUGCAUUGAGGGGGCAAUAAGGCAUUGUUUUCCGAGAGUACGCGCAAAUAUCGCGGUACCGUCAGGUCGAAGCAAGAAGAUUAUCCCAGAGAAGAGCGAGCGAGGGGCUGGAGGACGGAGCACCAAUCCCGGAUGGCUAGGCGCGGCUGCUCGCGCUCUCUCCCACCCUGACCCGGGAGAGACACACGGACUCGGGGGCUUCACGUGAACCCAACCGGAGCUCGUUAACCCGCAUUCGCCCUUUCUGUCGUUUUAUAUAUCGGCCUGUUUCCGCUGUGAAUGUUGUGUGGCGCACGGGACCGACCAUAAACAAACAAGGCAGCUGCUCGGGUGGGAGAGUGUUCAGCAAGCGACCUCUGAAGGGUGUGUGUCUGCGUUGUUACUGCGUUAUUCAGCCCAUUAGAGAUCAGCUGGACUGUAAGUGUUUGUGUGUGGAUAAAACAGGUCUGGGAUGUGGCUGUACUAGAGAGUCCAAGGAACCAGCGGCAUUAUGGGAUGUAGCAGGACUGUGCAGUGACCCCGCUUAUUGGAAGGAAACACUCUGUGUACAGGAACAGGCACACUAGCCUGAACACACGCACACGCAUCCUCUUAUAUAUAUAUAUAUAUAUAUAUAUAUACUACGCAUACACACAUCCCAGCAGCCAUGCCUGUCUUCAGUGGCCUGUUGAAGGUGCGAGUGUGUGAGGCAGUGGAUCUGAAGCCCACACCUUGGGCCCUGCGUCACGCUGUGGGGAAGAGCGGCUCCUUCCUGCUGGAUCCUUACCUGGCCCUGAAUCUGGACCAUACCCGGCUGGGCCAGACCGCCACUAGGACCAAGACCAACAGCCCCGCCUGGCACCAGGAGUUCUGCACUGAGGUCCGUGAGGGAAGGAGUCUGGAGCUGUCUGUCUUCCAUGAUGCACCCAUCGGAUAUGAUGACUUUGUGGCCAAUUGCACCAUCCAGUUGGAAGACCUGCUGCAGAACGGGACUAGGCACUACGAGGACUGGAUUGACUUGGAGCCGGAGGGGAAGGUGUACGUGGUCAUUGAUCUGUCCGGAUCCUCCACUGAAGCCACGGGGACCAAUGAGAAUGAGGAGCGGGUGUUUCGAGAGAGGAUUGGCCCUCGCCGGCGACAGGGCGCCGUCCGAAGACGCGUCCAUCAAGUCAACGGACACAAGUUCAUGGCCACAUACCUGAGGCAACCAACCUACUGCUCACAUUGCAGAGAUUUCAUCUGGGGCGUGCUGGGGAAGCAGGGAUACCAGUGUCAGGUGUGCACGUGUGUCGUCCACAAGCGCUGCCAUGAGCUCAUCAUCACCAAGUGUGCCGGGAUGAAGAAGCAGGAGGACACACCUGAGGAGGUGGGUUCACAGCGGUUCAGUGUUAACAUGCCCCAUAAGUUCAGUAUUCACAACUACAAGGUGCCCACCUUCUGUGACCACUGUGGCUCCCUGCUGUGGGGCCUCAUGAGGCAGGGCCUGCAAUGCAAAGUGUGUAAGAUGAAUGUGCACAGGCGGUGUGAGUCCAAUGUAGCUCCUAACUGCGGUGUGGAUGCCCGAGGAAUCGCCAAGGUCCUGGCUGACCUCGGAGUCACGCCUGACAAGAUCUCCAACACCGCACUGCGCAGAAGGAAGUUGACUCCAGGGCAGGACCCUCCCCAGUCUCCUCCUGAGCUCUCCCAGACUGAGGACAACAGCUUCAGCCAGACAGCUGUCCCCACCUCCCCCUCACAGCAGGACUUGGCACAGUUAGUGCGCCUGCAGGACGCGCUGUCGCUCGACCAGCAGGGACCCCAACACACCUCCUCCUCCUCCUCCUCUUCCUCCUCCUCCACCACCUCCUCCUCUUCCUCCUCCUCGGCAGGCAGGGAGAACGGACAGAUCCAGAGAAGGACCCUCAAGGACUUCAACUUCAUCAAGGUUCUCGGCAAAGGCAGCUUCGGCAAGGUGAUGCUGGCGGAGCUGAAGGGGACAGAGGAAGUUUUCGCUGUCAAGGUCUUGAAGAAAGACGUGAUCCUGCAGGACGAUGACGUGGACUGCACCAUGACCGAGAAGCGCAUCCUGGCCCUUGCCCGCCGACACCCCUACCUCACCCAGCUGUACUGCUGCUUCCAGACACGGGACCGUUUGUUUUUUGUUAUGGAAUAUGUGAACGGAGGCGACCUGAUGUUCCAGAUUCAGCGAUCCAGGAAGUUCGAUGAGCCUCGCUCUCGUUUCUACGCCGCAGAAGUCACCUCAGCCCUCAUGUUCCUGCACCGUAACGGGGUCAUCUACAGGGAUCUGAAGCUGGAUAACAUCCUGUUGGACGCAGAGGGACACUGUAAGCUGGCAGACUUCGGCAUGUGCAAGGAGGGCAUCAAGAACGGCGUGACCACCACCACCUUCUGUGGCACGCCUGACUACAUCGCCCCUGAGAUCCUUCAGGAGCUGGAGUACGGAGCCUCGGUGGACUGGUGGGCUCUGGGCGUGCUGAUGUACGAGAUGAUGGCCGGGCAGCCUCCGUUUGAAGCUGAUAAUGAAGAUGACUUGUUCGAGUCGAUUCUCCAUGACGACGUCCUCUACCCCGUGUGGCUCAGCAAAGAAGCAGUUUCUAUCCUCAGAGCGUUCAUGACUAAGAACCCGGCCAAGCGUCUGGGCUGUGUGGUGACGCAGGGCUGCGAGGAGGCUAUCAAAACCCACGCCUUCUUCAGAGAGAUCGACUGGGUGCUGCUGGAGCAGAGGAAGGUCAAACCACCCUUUAAACCCCGAAUUAAGACAAAGCGAGAUGUGAAUAACUUUGACCAGGACUUCACCAAGGAAGACCCCGUGUUGACGCCCACGGACGAGGCCAUCAUCAGACAGAUCAACCAGGAGGAGUUCAAAGACUUCUCCUACUGCGCCCCCGAAGAGGCACAGACCUAACGCACACACACACACACACGCACACACACAUGCACACACACACACGCACGUACACACACACACACUCACACACACACACAAACAUACACUCACACACACACUGAUCCAAGAAAACAAAAUCCUACACGCACGUAUGCACACUUUGCUGACACUUAUACAUGUGUAGAACCAUAAAUCCCUUUACAAAACACACACACACAGUCCUUUACUUUUAAGCUAUUGGUUGUUGUUACUUUUUGGAAUAUUCUUUACUUGCAUUGUGUUGUACUUGUUGCCUGGGUUUAUGAAUAUAAAUAUGACUAUGAAUAUACACAUCCACACAUGCUCUCACACACACACUUUAAAUGCUGAUUUACACACAAACCAACACUACAAUCUUGAACUUUACUCUAACACGCUCACUGCACAUGCUCAGACAACCCAAACACACACACACGCAGACACACACGCGCACACAUACACACACUCUUACACUGCUUCUCUCCCCGGCACCAGGACUGUGCAGUGGGUGCUGGGCAGAGGCCUGUAUAUAGCCUGUGUUGAGUGGCUGUAUUGUGUUGGUAUCGUCUGCUAGUAAAAGAGAGUCGUGGCGCAUGGACAAGCACCCUACCUGUGUUAAUACUGUCCUUAUUGUGGACCAGUUAGGGCCAAAUACCCUUGUGCAAUACCCUGACUUUCAAUAUAUUUUAUUUGUUGUGAUAUUUUUGUCUUUUUUUUCUCCUCAAAAUGUGCAGUAUGAUUGAACUGUUGCGCUCAUCAUCCUCCUGUCUCGUGUGUAUAAAGUGAAUGUCGAGCUUACAAGUUACAGGCUAUUCAACUAAUUAUGUGGAGCAGAGUGUUACAGGCGGCCUGUGUAGCAGCGUAACGCCCGAUUUCCAGCUCUGUCAUCCAUCUGCUACUCAGAGUGCGUGUCUGCCCGUGGGCGUUUUCUUUUUUUUUUGUCGUGAAUGUACAUUUUCGUACGUGUGAAUGCGUGAUUUUUUUUUUUCUUGCUCCUUGUUGGUGUGUGACUUUUUGUCCUCAACAUUUCUGUUUCUAUAGUUACCAUCAGUGUUUUCAGCCCCCCCUCCCUUUCCUUCCCUUCCCUUUCCUGCCUCCAUCAGCCAUCUCACUCAGCCAACACCACUCUGACAUUUUCAUUUUCAAGAAUGGCUUUUCUUUCUUAUUGCUAUCUUUCUUUUUUUAUUAUAGUUAUUAUUAUUAUUAUUAUUGUAAAGUGUAUCUGGAGGAAAUAUUUGUCUAUAAUACUAUAACUAUACUAUCAUAGGUCUGUUACAGCCGGGCGAAAAUAAAUGUGGAAAACCAGCAGCUGAAUUACCUCUCAUUUCAAUCACACACAUAGACAAAAGCACCACAUACAGACUCUCUCCUUCGCCUGCUCCUUCUUCUUCUUCUUCUUCUCACUCUUUCUUACAAACACACAUGCACACACAGAGGAGGACUGUUGGCGCGCGUACUGUACAGUGAUCUGAAGGCGAGCUGGUGGCUCUGUGUGCAGUAGAGUCGGUGUGUAGUGAAGCUUUGUGCACCCAGGGGUAGGGCUGUUCCUGGUCACACUAUCUUACUCUGUGCCAAAAUGUAGUGCAACAGCCAGGCUAGUCCUGUCUGGUUGGAUUCCAAUAAAAACACUGAGCUGUCUACAUCA